CUAGCAUACAGUAUCUAACCUAGCGACCAAUGACACAAGUAAAUUUUAACUGAAGAUAAGACUUUUAAGCUGUUUGAAUGAAACAUGCGGAAACAGCCGACCUUACUCAGUUUUAUUUCUCUCGUGUAUAGUGUGCAUGCAUCCUGUCCGAGUGGAUGGCUUCGGCAUAACAACACGUGUUACCACUUCAGUCAUGACACUGAAGCGUGGUCAAAUGCUGUGGCGAUGUGCCAUAUGUUAGAUGGGAAAUUGGUAGAAAUCGAAACAGCUGACGAGAACGCAUUCCUUGCUUCAAUGUCAAUGAGGUUCAAUAAAAAUUAUUGGAUAGCUUUAAGUGACAUUCAAGAAGAAGGUAUUUGGGUGUGGAUGGAAAGCAAAAAACCUCUUUCACAGAUAAGGUUUAGUCACUGGCACAGUGGACAGCCGGAUAAUAAUGGUCAAAAUCAAAACUGUGCUACGAUAAAUGGUGCCGGCGACGACGGUCACUGGUACGAUUGGUAUUGCAGUUAUACAACAGUUUACUACAUAUGUGAAAAGGAGGACAGGGAAUCUGAAAUAAUAGGAUGAAAUCAAUCAGCUUCUGUACAUAUUCUCAGCAAUAUAAAGCAAAUGUACAUUAAAUCAUGAAGAAAUAAAUAAUGUUUCUCUCUUAAAA